AUGCGCGGAAAAGGACUGUUUUCUGCAGCUGUUUUGCGCGGUGUUUAUGUUGUCUGCUGCGGGGGACGAGAAAGUGGCGCUGCCGGGCUGAAAAAUCCGCAGCAGCCAAGGGAUGCGGAGGUUGACGAGAGAGGACUGCCCCUGUACAGAGGGCCUUCGUUGCUGCCCCCCUGUCAGUAUCGACGCCUGUACGAUCCAGACGGCCCCAUACAGCUCAGGUAUCCUCCUCUCAACGGAGGGCGCUAUCACAGGGCGGAGCUUCGGCCUUGGCCUCGAGAGGCUGAGAAGAUUAUCAGUCAGAACAGUAGCAAGCGAAAGGUGCACAGGGCCUGCUGGCUCUCGCCUCUGGAUCCAUCGUGCUCCUUUCCGGUUGCCGUGAAGUUUGUGGAGGAUAGCAACGUGAGAGAUGGACGCAGCAUCAAGCGCGAGAUUGAGUGCCACCUCUACAUCUACCAACGCCUUGGCCAACUGCAGCAGUUGAAGCCGUAUGCGCGGCAGGGAGAUGCGUGGCCUUGCGCGGAGCUGCUAGGCUAUUAUUUAGACAAGAAGAACCCUGGUCAGAGCGUUCUCAUCACCCGGAAGCUUUCUGGCCCCGAUUUCUUCGAUGUUAUCAGGACGGAGCACAGUUCCGCCUUCAACCCGCGAACUGCCGCUGUGUAUGAGCAGCACAAGCUGCACUGGUGCUAUUUGGCCAUGGAACGCAUCUCGCAGUACGCAAGGCUGGGGAUCCGUCACAACGACAUCAAGCCAGACAACAUUGUGCUCGACUUUUUCACCUCCCCCGACUCGAGCGAGCGCCUCCUAGACGUCAAACUCAUUGACUUGGGAACCGCCAGCAUGCACAGCGCGAAGGACUUCACGGGUGGCACGAGCUGGUACGAGAGUCCGGAGCAGAAAAUGCUGGAGUACCACACGAAGAAGGAAAGGAACCUGGAGGUGGCAAGACAAGUGGCUAUUGGCCUCCCCUCGGACGCCUGGGGUGCGGGGCUCUCCAUCACAGAAGUCCUCAUGGGUAGAAGAGUGGUGGAUGUGUUGAGGGCACCAGGAGGUCCUGGUCCGCUCGAGUACAGAGGCAAGGACGAAUGGGCUGUGCAUCCGAAAACGUGGGUGUCGUGUGCAAGAGAAGCUCUAGGACUCGAUAGGGAGCAGCAACGGUUCCCCAUCUGUACUGAGGCGGCACGCGUCGUUUUCGAUAUGCUGGUCAAAGCCGAACCUGAAGAGAGGGCCACUGUCGAAGAGGUGCUUCCGCAUCUUCGGAAGUUUGCAGAGGCCGGCUUUCUGAAGGCCAUGAGGCGCUAUCACGAUGAUCCCGCAAAUGUCAACCUGCACAGUGAAGGACACGACGCGGCCUAUUCGCCCUACCCAGGAAGCACCAGCAGUUGCGCCAAUACAGGAAACAGCAACGGCUCUCUAGGCGUCCCAGUGCUAGGGAUGAUCUCUGAGGGACCUAGAAGGGCUCUGCAUGACGGCGGGGGAAUUUCAGGGCACUUGGGAGCGCUUUAG